GUCUCGGAGAUAUCUCUUUUUGCUGGCGGCAGCUAUCGUAAUGAUAUAUUUCUCUAUAAUAAUCUUCAUGCUAAGUCCUUUACACGGAGUCAAAGAUUCCUUCUAUGAACACGGUUCUAUAAAUAGUUUUGCGUAUAGGCAACUGCCAGCUUUACAUUGGUGUCAAGGUUUGCAAUGGAGAUCACCACCAUCGCCUUACGUGGUGGCACUGGCGUCUUUUCCUGGAAGUGGAAAUACAUGGCUACGAUAUUUGCUCCAGCAAGCUACAGGUAUUGUCACAGGGUCGAUAUACAUGGACUAUGGGCUAAGAGUCCAUGGAUUUCCUGCUGAAAAUGUUACUGAUGGUUCAGUAUUAGUAGUUAAAACACACGAGGCACCUCCGAUAAGCCCAAACAAGUUUAAAUCGGCACUGCUGUUGAUAAGAAACCCCAAGGAUGCAAUACUGGCUGACUUCAAUAGAGUCCACAAAGGUCACAUAGGAACUGCCCCAAAAUCAGCUUUCAAGAAAAAAUCGUAUAAUCGAGAAGAAUCAGAUUGGUCGUACUACGUGGCUAGUCAGCUGACGGCGUGGGAAUCGUUGCACAGACUAUGGCUAACGAGGUUCCCGGGGCCUGUGCACGUGGUCUUCUACGAGACUCUGGUCAGUGACACCAGGAGCACUCUGCAAGGUGUGCUGGACUUCCUCAAUCGUACAGUCUCGGAGGCCGAGAUGAACUGCGCUAUAUCUCUGAAAGAGGGAAUAUAUAGAAGAAAAAAGAAGAUAAAGAACUUCGAUCCGUAUACCCCUGAGAUGUACAAAGCUAUACGGAUCGCACGAGACAGAGUUUUCAACAUUGUCGCAGAUUAUCAAAGUAAACGAACUAAUACUACUAGGAGAUAUAACAACAUAGACUGAAACUAAGUUGGGCGUGUGUCAGACUGUGGGUGGCCAUGUUUCAAUGCAAUUUACAUACGGCGCCACGUUUAGUAGGUUAAUCAAAGUUCGCCUAGAAAAACUUUCGUCCUUACAGCCAUUAGCAACGAACGGUGAAAUGGUAUAUACAGGAAAAAAAUGUUAUCAGUGCACAUAUAUUUUAUUAAUAUUUAGCAUCUCGAAUAAUGGUAAACGACAACAUAAAAUUUAUGAUAGUCCAUUCAGCGCAAUUGUCUGGAAUUCUAUGAGUAUAAUCAUGAUACAAAUAUAACAUUAUAUAUUUCCAUUCUUAAGGUGAAUGUUCACUGUGUACGCAACGGAUUUGCUGAGUGACGAUCACUGUAUAGUGGCUCUCUAUUAAAGUACGGAUUAUGACGUAUGCGUACAAAGUCGACAUUCACCUUACUUUAUGUAUGUAAAAAAAAUAUCAUAUCAGGCGUUGGAUUGUUUAAUGUUAUUUUAUAUUAUAAGUGUUGAUGAUUAAUAUGUCAUUAUACUAAACAAAAUCAAAGUACCCUUAGACCCCGCCCUGAACUACGCACGUAUAAUACGCGUUUCGUUAUAAAUUACUUGUUGUAUAAAGCGUUUGUUACAAUGGGAAUCGCGUCCGAAUUUGCCAUUUCUAGACAAGGUCUGAUAUUAAGGGAUUAAAUUAUUAAGCUAACUAAAUGUAGAUAAUUAGCAAAAAAUAAAGCUUAAACAUAUUUUAAUCCUUAUUCUAGCAGUUAUAAGAUUAAUAUUUUAUUAUUACGAUACAAUGAGUGGAAAAUACCCAUCUACCCUGAGAUUUGAACUUAUAAAUACUUUUACGUGCCGAACUGCAAAUUUUACAUUAAAUUGUAUAAUGAAGACAUCCUAAAAUUUGUCUUGAAACAAAAUGGGUUAUGGACAAUAUUUAUUGAAAAUAUAUAAAACCGCUUUAAAUCAAAUUAUAGAAAUUAAAAAGAGCUCAACUAUACAUAUAUCAAAGUAAACAAUAUUUAGAUAAAAAUGUAAAUAAUAAUAAAUUCAAGAGGAGUUGUGAGCCUCUGAUAUAACAUUAUUUAAACAUAUACAUAUUUAAAGUUUGUUGCAAGUUUAUCAUUUAGAUCAGUGUUUCGUAACCUUUUUGGUUGACGGUCUAAAAUAUAUAUGUAUAUUUCAUGCCCGAGACCGUUACGAUCUAGGGUUCGUUUAUCUACUAACCAGUUACUAGAUGAAAUCAUAAGCAUGUCAACUUGUACCGUCGACAGAGAAAUAAUUACCUAUUUUAUUUUUACUCGGCUUAACGUUCCAGUAGU